GGUGUCUGGGCGGCCGCUGCCAGGGACAGGACAAAGGCUCAUUAACACGUGAUGGGACCCGAGCUUCAUAAAUGGGACUGGAGAGAGAGAGAGAGAGAGCGCAAGAGAGACAGAUACAGAGAGCGAGCAGGAGGAGAAGGAGGGAAGGGAAAGAAAACGGAAAGAGUGAGAGACAGAGCGCGCAAGGGACAGGGACCAGGGGAGCAGCAGAAGCCAAGCGCAGUAGCCCAGGCUGGCUGGGGACACCAGGAGAGGAGAGGAGGCAGGCGUCCCCCAGCUGAGCUGGGACUUGGAGACCGUAGAGGAGGAGGGGAAGGGGAAGGAGGAGGACUGAGAAGAGAGGGAGGAGAGGGGAGAGGGCGACAGGAGGGCGCAGUUUCUCUGCCCAUUUCCCUGCAAAAAGCUUGAGACAGGAGUAGGUUCUUUGAGUAGGGGCUUGGAUCAGUGAGAGAAGAGACUGCGGAGAAAAAGAGUGCUGACAGGGUCUUGGACAGACAGGCAGCCAGACUGACGGACACACCCCACUCCACCCUAGCUUAGCCCACCCUGCCCCUCCUCUCUCUCUCUCUCUCUUCCGCACGCCCAGCGGCACCGCCUCCCUCUCUUCUCUGCCUUCUUCUCCUUCUCUUCUCUCCACUUCGGCUCACUCGGCUCUUCACUCCCCUGGUGCCUGGGUCCCUGGCCCUGGCCUGGGGCGGGGCACCUUCAGUGCUCCCUGCCCUGGAGGGGUCUGUAGAAUAAGUGUGGGAUCUUUCAUUCUAGCUGAGGUCUCCAUCCACAACAUUCGUCAAGAGCCCCAGAGGGACUGAGGGUACCGGAUCCCCGGCGGAGAACCAGGGGAUGAGAAGGGAUUCCCUCCCCUGUGUUUCUUUGGGGUCCAUUCAAAAUUUGCAUAAUUGAAGACAGGGGUUAUGAAGUCCAACCUAGAUGGCCUCGCGGAUACCACCUUCCGGACCAUCACAACAGAUCUCCUCUACGCAGGCUCUAACGACAUUCAGUACGAAGAUAUCAAAAGCAACAUGGCAUCCAAACUAGGCUACUUCCCACAGAAGUUCCCUUUAACUUCUUUUAGGGGUAGUCCAUUCCAAGAAAAAAUGACUGUGGGAGAUAAUCCCCAGCUAAUUCCAUCAGACCAGAUAAAUAUCACAGAGUUUUACAACAACAAAUCUUUAUCCUCAUACAAGGAUAAUGAGGAGAAUAUCCAGUGUGGAGAGAACUUCAUGGACAUGGAAUGCUUCAUGAUUCUAAAUCCUAGUCAGCAGCUGGCCAUUGCAGUAUUGUCCCUCACAUUGGGUACUUUCACAGUCCUGGAGAACCUGUUGGUGCUGUGUGUCAUCCUCCACUCUCGUAGCCUCCGCUGUCGGCCUUCUUAUCACUUUAUUGGUAGCCUGGCAGUGGCAGACCUGCUGGGCAGUGUCAUUUUUGUCUACAGCUUUGUCGAUUUUCACGUGUUCCACCGGAAAGAUAGCCCAAAUGUAUUUUUGUUCAAAUUGGGCGGAGUGACAGCCUCCUUCACAGCCUCAGUUGGCAGCCUCUUCCUCACGGCCAUUGACAGAUACAUAUCCAUUCACAGGCCUCUUGCUUAUAAGAGGAUCGUCACCAGACCAAAGGCUGUGGUAGCCUUUUGUGUCAUGUGGACCAUUGCCAUUGUGAUUGCUGUACUCCCUUUGCUAGGAUGGAAUUGCAAGAAGCUCCAGUCAGUUUGCUCAGACAUCUUUCCUCUUAUUGAUGAAACCUAUUUGAUGUUCUGGAUUGGUGUCACUAGUAUUCUACUUCUGUUCAUUGUGUAUGCUUAUGUUUAUAUAUUGUGGAAAGCACACAGUCACGCGGUCAGAAUGAUCCAACGAGGUACUCAAAAGAGCAUCAUUAUUCACACGUCAGAGGAUGGCAAAGUUCAGGUCACUAGGCCUGACCAAACCCGCAUGGACAUUAGGUUAGCCAAAACCCUUGUUCUUAUUCUGGUGGUCCUGAUCAUAUGCUGGGGUCCACUUCUUGCCAUCAUGGUCUACGAUGUCUUUGGGAAAAUGAACAAACUCAUUAAGACAGUGUUUGCUUUCUGCAGUAUGCUCUGCUUACUGAAUUCUACCGUGAACCCUAUAAUAUAUGCUCUGAGGAGCAAGGACCUGAGGCAUGCUUUCCGGAGCAUGUUCCCCACUUGUGAAGGCACGGCACAGCCCCUUGAUAACAGUAUGGGGGAAUCCGACUGCCCGCACAAACAUGCAAAUAGUGCAGGCAACGUUCACAGGGCUGCUGAAAGUUGCAUCAAGAGUACAGUUAAGAUUGCCAAAGUAACCAUGUCUGUGUCUACGGAUACCACAGCUGAAGCAUUGUGAGCUGAAGACUUCUCAGCCACAUUGGGAGAAAAGAAAUUAGGCUCUUUUUUUUGUUUAUUUGUUUGUUUAAAGGAGUCUAUCCUCUCACAUUUUUAAGUUUAGCAUAUUCAGUUAAAAGGUAAUUGUCACAAUGAUCAUUAGUCAUUUAAACAAUGGGAAAUUGAAAUACAACUCUUCAAAGGUUUUAUAAUUAAGAAAAUUGGUUUGUUCCUUUUUUUUUUAAAGCAUGUUACUUGAAUCACCUAUGUUUGACUACAUAAAGGAGCAAGUUCUGAUGAAAUAAAUGGAAAACUUGUGGGGGGCACAUGAUCCAAACUUGAAGUAGCUGUUUGAAAAAUUCCAUCAAAUGAGUAAAGCCUUUGUAACCAUAACUUUCAUGCUAAUGUAAAAUGUAUUUGAAGUCUAUAAGUAACAGAGGUUUCUGUUUUUCCCCCUAAAAGCUGCAGUACAGAAUUAGGAUUAUCUUGUAAAACUGUAUUGUCCUGUGAAUUGUGUACCGAUGUGUAUUACAUGUUAUUUAUAUUUGUCUAGUUGGGCAAUAUAGAAAGAUACAGACUUCUAUGGAAACAGUACCGAAUAUGCAGUGGAUAAGUCCCAGUGAAAAACCCUUAUUUGUCAAUCUUCCACUUCAGAAAUAUUAUACUUUAUUGUCUCCAAGUUUUUCAUUUUUUCUUUGGACAUUUCAAAUACCCUCAACCCUUCAUUUUUCUUUUUAACAUAACAUAAGAAUAACAGAAGACUAAAGACCCAUUCCUCACAUUGAACAAUAUUCAUCAACCCCAACUUUGCAACUUGAAGUUGCAAUUUCGAAUUCUAAAAUAAUUCAGUUCGCAUUUUCUUAUAAGGACAUUUAGUUAGAGUCUUCUGGACUAUUGCUGUUUGCUUUUGUAAUGUAUGACUCCAAGAAUUGAAGAGCAAAGGAUUAGUGGCUUUUUCAACCAACACCUGGUCUUUUCCUUAAGUCUUUAGCUAUCCCCAGAUCUUUAAGACAGCAUGUGUCAAUCUUAAUGUAAGGUGUUAUUAUUGUGCCGUUGACGUAUACUUGAAGAGUAUUGCAUUCUUAUAUUCCAGGUUUAAGUAGAUUCUCUGCCUGGGAGGUCAAAUAAGAGUCUUCAUUUAUUUUAAUUGAAAAGAAGUAUUGUCUGGAUUAGCAAAAGUAUACUAUGUGAGUGUGAAUUUCCGUGUGUGUGUGUGUGUGUGUGUGUGUGUGUGUAUGUACGUACGUAGAUUGUAAAUGUGUGUGUGUCACAGUGAUAUUAUAAAGUUAGAAAACUGUGACUAGGUGUAAAUUGUAUUACUUGUUGCACUCUUUGCACAUGAAUUCAGUUUCUAAAAUUGAGUUCUUUUAAGCAUCUUGGUUAAUGAAACUACAAACUGCAAGAAAAAAAAUCAGAAAAUUUUCAUCCACUUUGAGAAAGUAUGCCAAGCAUUAAAAAGUAUCCUUUAGUGUUACUCAAGAACAAUACUUAUCAAGGAGCAAUUGAUUAAAUAUAUUCAAUGAAAAAUUCUGUAUUUUCAAUGCUAAAGAAAAUUAUUCUAAUUUUCCAGCUUAGGGCACAGAAUAUAUAUAUACAUACAUACAUACAUAUAUAUACAUAUACACACUAUACAUGUAUGUAUGUGUGUAUAUACACAUAUAUAUGGAGGCAGCAUGGUAGAAUGAAUGGAUAAAGGGAUGCCCUCAGAGCCAGGGAGAUGUGAGUUCAAGGGUCUUCUCUGACACAUACUGGCUACACGACCAUGAACAAGUCACCUAGUCACUUAAGCUCUAAUUACUCUAGGCAAAUGUGGAAGAUGAUAAACUGCAGACUAGCUGCCUACCUGCAUUGGUAAAGGGAAUUUCCUCAUUUGAGAGUCCUAUCCCUAUCUAUCUCUAAGGAGGCAGACCUCAUUAUAAAAGAUGAACGUGCCUCACUAAGCCUGAAAUCAUUAAAAAAAAAAGUAAUAGUUCAUCUAGCCCUUGUGAAUCUUAGUUUUAAUGGCACUAAAGAGAUCUCAGGCAUUCCUCAAAUCCACCUCUAAUGAGGCAUGCAUGACUGCUCGUCACAGCCUACAUUGCACAAGGAUGUGGUGGGCUGGGUAGCUUAUUUAGAUACUGAAGAGAUGCUUUCUUGAUUAUUGGAGCCUGACUCACUUUUGGAGCCCAAAUCAGCAAGAUCACCUCUCUUCUACCCAGAUUCACUUGGUAGAUACGCAGACCUCUCUGUCUUGCACUUCCUGCGCAAACUCUGCUUUUAUGAGACUGCUGUCUCAAUCCAGGCAGUUGACUGUGAUUUAUUGACAAGUAAAAAUUGGUCAAAAUGAGGCUUUUUUUAGGUCCCAAUCUUUCAUUCCUUCACAAUGUCAUAGGGGCCUAGAAAUGGACAUUCUGCCAGGAAAGAAUAGGAUUUCUUAAAAGGCUGAUGAACCCUGAUGGAUUUUAUUUAUAAAUAAUCUUCUCUCCUUCCAGAGACAAAUCAUUACUCCUGCAGCACCCCGAGGCCAGCUCUGUACAGCACAAGGUGAAGUAAAAAGUUUCCAAUUAUCUGGUGGAUUCAGUGAAAAAAAAAGUUUCUCUACUAUUCUUAUCCCCAUUCUCCCAUCCCACAAUUAUGGUCUCUGGCCAAAUUGCUAUGUGGGCAAAACUGGAAUUAGUUGUUUUCAUAGUCCAAAUUUGCCUCAAAUUCUGUCUUUGUAUCUCUGGUCUGUACAGAUGAGGUCUUAGGGUGCUAUGGUAGUAAUGAUUUCUCUAUAGAAAAAUAGAAGGUUGAUUUAUGAAUAAAUUCUACUAGGGCCUAAUAGCCCUUUAAAAAAAGUUAACCAUUCUUUUGCCCUGAAUUAUCCAAAGUGGUUAUCUGCACAGUUCAGAAUUCACCAGGUAGCUACCAACUCUCCACUCUGUUAUGAAACUCUGGCCUCAGUGAAAGUGAGUAGGAAGAAGAGUUGGAGGAAGGCCAAUCAUUAAAAAAAAAAAUCUAAGAUCCUUUUUUUGAAACUGUGUUCCUGUGAAGUCAAUGCAGAUUUUGUAAAUUUGUUGUGCUUUCAAGAUCUAAAUUGUAUGUAAUAAAUCAAGGGACAAUGGGGCUGUCAGCACUAAACUCGGUGCUUAUCUAUAUAAUAAAAAUAGCAUCUUGUGAGAUACUAUCAUGUAUCUAUUAUAAUACCUUACAUACAUACAUUCUAAACUAGUUCUGCACACUUUGCCUUUUUUUUUUCCAAUCACUUGCUAACUCAAGUGACAGAAAUCUACUCCCUGCUGAAUAUAGUCACUAGAAUGACAGUAUAACAAAUCAGUUCCUUAAGCAAAGCUAGUUUCUUUAAUGUGGUUUAUGUGUGUGUGUGCUUUAAGCAAUCCUGCUUCACAGUCAUCAGGUUUCCAUUGCUGAUUAAAAAUUAUCAAGCAAUUCACGUAUCUUAGUCCUGAGCACUUCACCAUUGUGGGCCAUAGUUCAUGAAGGACCAUAUUCCUAGGUGACUUUAUUUCUUUUUAGGAGCUGACCCAAGCACAGGAAGGUUCCUUUGGCCUGGUCUUCACAGCUGCAAUCCACCCAGUAACUGGUCACCAAGCCCAAAUUUCUUUCAUUAUAUGUACAUAUGUAUGUGUAUUCAUGUAUAUGUGCAUAUGUAUAUGUAAAAGAAACUUGAGGUUUAUGAUGCGCUAAGUCAUGCAGAUUGCUUACCUAAACACCAGCUAAUUAUCAGGACCCCAUAAAGCUGUGUGACGGCACCAUCAGAAGCCAAUGAGACUCUGGUGCUUCAGAUCACUUCUGCGAGAAAUAAGCGGCGCCAUCCACUGUGGGAGAACUUGGCCCUGCUUGAAUGGCACUGUAGUUAUCAUUCUGUCUGUUCAUUUCAGGUGUUCCAUAUCUGUAAAAGAGACCACCUAUAUCAUGUGCAAAAUUAGACUCCUCAUGAUCUAAUUGUAUAUUUGUAUGAUAUUUUAAGAUCUAAAUGCUGUGCUAUGGCUAAAACGGUUUUUUCUUGCACUGGCCCUCCGAUGAAAUGUUAAAGUUACCUAUUAUAACAUAGACAAGACAUUUUAUAUACUGAUUUGGGCUGAAUGUAUGUAAAUAAGUUUAAAACAAAAAGCCAGAUGUAUAAGCAGUGGCCUCAAAAUCAGUGCUUUUCAGAUAGGGCAGUGUGUUUAAGUUGCUAUGGCCACCUAAAAGCUAUCUUCAGAUAGAUUCCGUAUAUUGGGUGCUGGGGAUAUAUGGUUCCCCAAGAAGGGAAACAUUUUCUUGUAAUAAUAAGCAGCCGAGACGCUGGAUUAUCUGAACUUUUAUUUCUAAUGUUUCAAAGUGAAGAACACAACUCUUUAUUGUCUGUAAAUCUAACAUUAUUGCUUUCUCUUAGAAGAAUAUUGUAUCGUUAGAUGUUUGUUGAGCUGGUAACAUUCCUGCAACCGCUGCAAUAUCCUUGUUAGUAAUCUGUAUGAAACUUUGUAUACAAGUUCUGGUAAAAUUGUCAUUAAAAGUAGCUUCAACCAUUCAA